AUGGGAUAUCUGUUUCCUGGUCUUCCAGAUGAAAUUGGGUUGGAAUGCCUGCUGAGGUUGGAGUUGAAGUCCUUUCACAAUGUCAGACCUGUCUGCAAAAGGUGGAACGGCAUAUUGGAAAACCCCAAAUUUUAUCAAGAAAGAAAAAGAUUGAAGAUUUCCGAGCAACGGAUUUGUAUGCUCCAGAAAGUAGACGGCAUUUGCGACAGAGUAGCGGUAUACGAUCUGAAUAAAAACUCGUGCAAAAGUCUGCCUCUAAUUCCCACACAAAGUCUGAAUGUGGGAAUGGGAGGCAGCGUCUGUCACUUCCAUUUCGUGAAACAAAACCUCGUUUUGAUCAAGGAUGUGUUUUGCGAUUCUACAAGAAGUUGUGUGUGGUUGUACGAUUUUCGGAAUGGUGGUUCGAAAUGGCGACAGGGUGCCAAAAUGCCAAUGGAUUUGCAGAAUGGAUUUGCCUCCGCAGCGGACGAGCACGGGGGACUAAUUUAUGUGGCUGGAGGGUUUGGUGAUGAUACGUUAAACAGCCCGGUCCGUAGCGCUUUUGUUUACAAUGUGGAGGAGGAUAAGUGGGAUGUUCUCCCCGACAUGAACACCUACCUGGACUUCUUUUUAGGUGCUUUUGUUGACGGCAAGUUUUAUGUAAUGGGUAACCCGUCUGGGCCUAGCUUUGAGAUUUUUGAUUCCUACACGAGAAGCUGGAAAACUAUGGAGAAUAGAUUCAACAAUCGGCGUUGUUUCGUAACUGCAUUUGGGCGUUUGCACUGCUUGUCUGUUAGGGGAUUGAUUGAAUAUGACUAUAGUCAAGAUAAUGUGAACAUUGUAGGGACUUUUCCAACGGAGGAUUGGGGCCUUUCUAUUAAAUUUGCUGGAGUGGUUAGCAAUAAAAUCAUUGUGGGCAAAAAGAAUCCAAUUGAAGGUCAAGAUUUUUAUAUGCUCGCACCUCCAAGUGAGACAGGAGGAACACUCAAGUUGAUUGGCUUUGAGAGACCAUCAGGCCUCGAGGGUUCGACUAUAUGUGCUGCAACCCUGGAUCUCUAA